UGCGCCUGUUUCCCGCUGCCCAUAGCAACAGCAGUGGCUAGUCCGCAGUUGAGCGAUGGUUACUAGGGUUAGCUGUUAUGCUAACCUAGCUAACUAAAUGACAAAAAUCGCUUUUCUGUGUAUUUUAUAAAUGUAAUGUAUGGCUGUGCAGCCUUAAUAAGCAGUAAAUAAUAAAUAGUAAGCAGGGCUCGGUGUGUGAUGGCGGAGAAGCGGCGCUCCGGGGUGGGCGCGGCGGUGGCGGACUCCGGUAAGGCCGGGAAGGCGGAGAGCGAUGAGGAGCUGCUGGCUCAGGCCGGGGUCGGGCUGCUGCUGCGGGACGCGCUGCUGAAGCUGGUGGAGGCGCGGUCCGAGGACCCCAUUGGGUUCCUGGCCGAGCACUUCAGUAACCUGGUGUCGGAGGCGGAGAGCGGCCCGGGCGGCGGAGCUGGAGCAGAGGACGGGCCGAAGCAGGAGGAGCAGAGCUCGGCGGAGGAGCAGCAGCAGCUCAGCCGGGCACUGUGGCACCUCAGCCUGGCCCAUCACUCUCAGAGAUCUGCAUUCAACAACAACAUCCGCGUGGCCUACGACCUGCUGACCCUGUGUGGCUCCAGUUGGAGUGGUUCCGGUGGCGUCCAAGGCCGUCUGUACACCGAAAUGCUGCAGUGCCUGUGCAGUGAGGGUGGCCUGUCUGGUACCACGGCGGCUCCAUUGCUCCGCAGGAUUCGAUGCCAUGACUACGAAGCUGUGCCGUAUGAGCUGUUCCGGCAGGGCGUGCUCACGUGCGCUGCGUUCGCCGACUACAUUCGUAAGUCCCAGUGCCUGUACGCUGCCGUGGCCAGCCGCCCGGAGAGGCCUGCGGAGAGGGCACUGUGCCGUGCUGUAUUGGGUACCCUGGAGGAGGCGCUGGACACCUCGCACGGGGCCGAUUCUGCUCGCUUCCUGGAGGCCAGUGCCAAGAUCUCACCGGCCAAGCUGGCCCGGGCCAUGGCUGAGGUGCACGUCACCAGCAAGCUGCAGGAAGGCCCAACCAUGGAUGCUAGGGAGUUUGAGGACGCUGCUGCUGCGUUGUUCAUAGCCAGGGUACGAGUGGUCAGCUGAACUGACCUGGAGAUUAGAAUGGACAACUGAUCUAAGUAUCUCAGCUUAGUCUUCCAAUCAUGAGUUGUACACUUCUGAGAAUGUUUUUUUUUCUUCCUGGCAGUAAUUUAUUAUGUUAUUUAUUACGUAUGUUUAUUUACAGUACAGGCCAAAAGUUUGGACACACCUUCUCUUUUUCAAUGCUUUUUCUUUAUUUUCAUGACUAUUUACAUUGUAGAUUCUCACUGAAGCAUCAAAACUAUGAAUGAACACGUGGAGUUUUAUGUACUUAACAAAAAAGGUGAAAACAUGUUUUAUAUUCUAGUUUCUUCAAAAUAGCCCCCCUUUGCUCUGAUUACUGCUUUACACACUCUUGGCAUCAUUCUCUCAAUGAGCUUCAAGAGGCGGUCACCUGAAAUGGUUUUCUUGAAGGAAGGAGUUCCCAGAGGUGUUUAUUAGCACUUGUUGCCCCUUUGCCUUCUUCACUCUGUGCUCCAGCUCACCCCGAACCAUCUGGAUUGGGUUCAGGUCCGGUGACUGUGGAGGACAGCUCAUUUUUUGUAAAGUACAUAAAACUCCACAUGUGUUCAUUCAUAGUUUUGAUGCUUCAGUGAGAAUCUACAAUGAAAAUAGUCAUGAAAAUAAAGAAAAAAGCAUUGAAUGAGAGGGUGUGUCCAAACUUUUGGCCUGUACUGUAUGUAUAUGAUAAAUGAAAUGUGUAUCUCAUGAUACAAAUUGAAUGCACCAAAUAAUGGAAACUGUCUGUUUAUUUAAAGAAGCAAUAUUAUGUAGUAGUCUUUUUCAUCGUUUCAUCAUUAAAGCAAAAAGGAAACUUGGGUGUCAA